UACCCAUACUGCAAUGGCACUUAUACAGGCAUCUUUUGACUUUAAGAGCCUUGAAGGAACAAUAAGACAUCAGGCUGUGAAGAAACCAUAGGAAGCAUGAGGCUCUGGUAAAACAUGUCCUCUAACCACAACAGUAUGAACAAUGAUGAAACUAGCCAAAUACUUGUUAGGGCUAUUAGCUACCCUCUUUCUGCUGUUAUUAUUUUUGCCAACUUGUUUAUCAUCACUGGAAUCAUCUGUAACAGAAAGCUGCACAAUACCACCAAUUACUUCUUCCUCAGUUUACUGCUGGCUGACAUUGGAAUGGGAAUUGCUCUACCCUUCAUAUCAAGUCUAAGUUUGCAGCAUGAAGUGGACUUUGCGUCCUGCCUGGCUCUAAACAUUUGCCCCAAUUUCUUCUUUUUAUCCCUUCUUUUCAAUUUAGUCAUGGUACACUACGAGCGGUACCAAUGUAUUAUCUAUCCUUUGCAUUACCAACAAAAGUGGGUAAACCGUUGUUUCUUUCUAGCUCUGGCAUCAGUAUGGAUUCUGCCUCUGUGUUUUGCUUCUUUGCCUGCCUUUGGAUGGAAUGAUUGGAAAGAAUACAAUAAAAGUGAAGUCUGUUCAUAUAAAGUAGUUUUUCAAAAUGCAUUUGUCUAUCUUGAGGUAUACGGUAUUGUAAUCCCAGCUAUACUAUCUAUUAUCUACAUGACAGGCAGAAUAAUGUGGGUUGCAAGAAGGCAGCUUAAAAUCAUCUGUAAAUUUCACAGAGCUGUGAAACGGGAUCAGCCUUCUGAAGAAGAGCGCAAAAUGAACCUGAGGUAUGCUAAAAAUCUGGUCUCUCUAACUCUGAUUUUUAUAGUAUUUUGGGUUCCAUAUAUUGUUUUCAUCCAUGUGUCCCUGGAUGCAAUGAGAAAUGGAAAAGACGAUCCCAGAAAACAAAUUAUUUUUUCCAGUGUUGGAGUAGGAAGUAUGGCUUUAAUACCAUUGGUACUUGGAAUCGGAAAUCAUCAAUAUAUGGCACCAAUACGAAAUAUUUUCUACAAACUUAAGGACAGAUGUGUGAAGAAAAAAGACACCGAUAUACAGCUUUAAAAACAGUGGAAUAUCCAUCCAUCCUUUUUGUAAACCCUCUUUUCCAGAGCAGGUUGAAGCCUAUCCCAGCAAGCAUUGGGCACAAGACAGGAACAAGGACAAAUUGCCAGCAAUUCUAGACUCUGCAAUAUAUUACUUUUUAUUUUCUGCAUUCAUUAUCUUGUUCUUUUAUAUAAACCUGUACACACAUGCAGAGGUGAUACUAAGAGAUUUCUGUCAAAAUCAUGUUGUGGUAAUAGCUCUGUUGCUGCUCUAAAAAGAUGUAUAUUUUUUCAUAAUACAUUCUUGUCAGUAUCUGACAUAAAAUUAUGAAUUAUUUUAAAUGUGAAUUGCCGGUUUUAAAGGGAAAAAUCCCUCUCUUGAUACCUUUAGGACAGUGGAUCUGUUUCUUUGAUUUUGAUUAAGUGUUGUUAAGUCACAUUAGUGGUUUUCUCUGUCUGUCUCCCAGAAGACCUCUCUGUUAUGUGGACAUAACAACAAGGCUUUUCUACAUGCCUGUAAGAUUCCCUGACCUGAAACACCUUAUCUUUUCUUCAGACACACACUUGUGGUGAUAUUCACUGUUGCAGAGACCACACAAAAAUCAAGACUGGGCAGUGAUAGACCAGAGCCCAUAGAUCUUUUUAACACACACACUGUAAUAUGAUGGAUUUUGACUUAGCGGAAUUCAGUAGAUUGACUUAUACAGCACUUAUGCAUUAUAUUUAAAUUUUACUAUUAUUACUGGCAUUAAUUAGCACAGCAAAUUAUUUUAGAAUCACUCCGGUACCAGCUUUCUUAAUCAUUAAUAAACAUUGGCUAGAUCUGCUAAUUAGAAAACAUUACCAAUAAAAAUGGUUUCAUCCAAGCAUUUAAGUGUUUAAGCACAUUUUCCAAAAGCAUAUACAGCAGACAAGGGAAGUACAGAAACCUAGGACAUUCCAGCGGCAGUCCAUCCUGGAUCUUGAUUGAACAUUUUACAGUUUUUGAGGCAGUAGUCAAACCAUAAUGACAUUGCCUGAAUCUUUCUGCAGCAGGAUUUGCAUGCAUAGCUCUAUUAAAUAGACUCAAAUUUGUGGUUUCAGGCUGGUUUACAUUUUUUAUUAUUAAAAUGUGUUUACAUUAAUAGAUAAAACAUCAGUGGUCAAUUAUCUGUCUUUCCAUUUAGCACCUUGUUAUUGCUCUCUUCCUUUUCAUUUUUUCAUCUCAAGGCUGGUGUAGCUUGUUGCCUGUUUAUUCCGAGGGUGGUGUGGCAUGUUAUUUUUCCAUCCCAUUGAUGGUGUUAUCACCUCCCACUUUAUUAGGUCCAUCAGGUAAACGAGUGUGUCCUCUACUCACCUCCUGGGGCCUGCAGUCCUUUAAAGCUCUUUUGCCUCCUGCAUCUCUUAGGCUGCUUUAAGCUUUAUGCAAAGCAACAAGCCCUGACAGCUUAGUUUGUUUCCACUGCACUGCAGUACCCUUCAUUUAAUGAAUGGCUCCUUUAAAGGCUGGUUCAAUGAAAGGAAUAACUUUGUAUAAUUUCAAAUCUUAAGCUAUUUGUAAUCAAAAAAAACUAAUUUCGUUCAUUGAUAUCUUUCAUGAAAUGGGUUGGGGUUUAUAUUAAGCUUGCAGUUUCACACAUUCAUUCCACAUAGAAUUAUUUGAAAUACUGAAGGACAAGUGUAAGCAGAUGUUAUAGGGGGCCGAGAAAAAGAACUCCACCCACAAUGAUGCCAAAAAAAAUUCAUCCAUUAGUCACUACAGUAAAGAGUAAGUAUUUUGAUAAAGUCAUAAGCAUCAUUGUAUACAUGGUGUGACAGACGACCGGCUAUGGACUCCGGUC